UGGCCCUCGUUGGUGCCAUAUUUGCAGUUGCAGAUCCUCAGAAACUUGGUCUCGUUACCGGUGACAUGCGAGCGAAUACUUGGAGGCUUGCCUCCAGCCUGUUCCCAAAGGAAUGGGGGAAUGGAGGAGGGUAA